AAGUAGAACGCUCUUGGUCUUCUGUGUGGUCUUAUCGGUUUUGUUUUUGAAAGAUGAUGAUGGUUGAAAGUGGUGGUGCUGACUGAAGAAGACGCUGAAGAAAAGGAUGAGAGGAGAAAGAAGAACGUAACACAAGUCUCGACGAAAUGUACUAGAACGGUGCUGAAGCGGAUAGCAAGCCGAGCGGUGCUGUAAAUUGGGAAGCUUUUAACGAAAGGGUAGAGUAGAGUACGACGAAGACCGGCGUUACAAGGUGUUAGCAGCAGAAACGCCACCAACAUCAUCACGUGAACCAAAUAGAGCGACUUUGUCUAGUGGAUCAUCUUCCAAAACAACUACAACCCCGUCACCCCUAAAAAGGCGAUGAGGUGCUAUUGUGCGGGUGGAUGUCUCCAAGAUCUACAUGCGUUACAGUGUGCUCCAUUGUCAGUCCAGGAACCGCACGCCUAUGUAUGGCAAUCAUCUUGGCAGAUCAGCAGGCGAAACUACUUGGGCAUCUAUUUCCUUCUGCUCAAGUUACAGGACUCAACUAAGAGACUCGAGCCACUGACUAGGCUCAAUGACAAGAGGGGACUGACGCAGUUGCUACGAAGGGCAUUGGCGACACGCGAAAAAAUUGGACGCAUAUUGGAGGUCGAUUAUAAGGGAUGCACACUCUGUGGCGAAACGUGUUGUGAGCAUACUUUUAAGGUACGAGAAUGCAAGUGCAGGAAUCCACUUUUAUGCCUAUGUGGAACAUAUGUUAGGCACCGAGAUGCAACUGAGGAAGCCAACGCUGACAACUCGCCGGAAAUGCAGGAGGCAAAGAGGAUGACACGGACUGCACUGCGUGAGAUUUGCAAGGAGAAUUUCCUCGAGAUAUCCGGCGUUGUGGGUAUGCUAUGGCUACACACGCGAAACAACAGCUUCCUGGAGACUGUGCACUCCAAGAUCUGUAUGAUGCGGGCGAGGUACAACAUUGCGAACUACAGGGAUAAGAACGCUGUCUAUUAUUGUUUCAAGCCGUUCUCGCGCAAGGACUACGUUGGAAAGACGGAGCAGGGCUUCUACACAAGGGUGACGGGACACUACAGGAAGGCUGGCAAUAACAUCUGCGAAAGGGGCAUGCGCAUCACCUCCGACGUGAAGGAAUACGGCCCGUCAGCCUUUAUCUUCCUUCGAGUUUUUACCAUUGGAGCACAGGCAUCGCCCACACAGCUGGACCUGUUAGAGUCUGAGUGCAUAGAGUGGCUGCAGCCAAGUAAGAACUCGCAGAAGAAGUACCGCAAGGGACUUGGCGAGGCUUGGGGCAUAUGCAAGCAGGUCGUCACUAAGGGCAGGAUGCAUGCGAUGUCUGGGCCGAUGAUGUUUAGAAGGGACGGAAGGAGAAGCCGACGGCAGCUAAGGGGACGCAUCAUAGACAGAGGUGGUAUUCCGGAACCGAUAACGCGAAUCGAUGCUAUAUUAGCUGGCGGCAUGACCAGAGGAGCACACCUGGUCUAUUGUUUCACCAGACCACAGCCGCCGGACUAUGCUAUAGCACAGAUCGCCAAUGACGAGCGGAGAUAUAGGAGAGUCAAGCUUCUGGGUGCCAGGCUCCUAGAAGGAAACAGAAGCGACCUGAAGGAAUUUGGGAAGGCACUCGAGGAGGCAAGGAGGACAGGACCGGUCAGGGAUGAACUGAGGACACAACUAAAGGUGCACUACCCACAUCUGAACGAGGCUGAGGAGCGUGGACUCCGAGACAUAGUCCGAGGGGAGGUCUACGACAUGCAAAUGACGGAGAACGUUUUGCGCAUCUUGUUGCGUAAGCAGACUAGCGAGAACUUCAAGUCGAAGUACUCCAACUGUCGGAAGGUCUGCCGACGCGAGUACAUGUCAGAGCGAAACGGAUGCUACUGCUGGAUGGCACCAGAGGAGUGGAAGAUCCAGGGGCAUGUCUGCGCCAAGGUUAGCAGGAUCGAGGAGACACCCGGAUGGAACAAGAACUCGAGAUACCACCCCACCAGGGAGGAAGUGGAGAAGCAGAUAGAGGGUGCUACCGCGGCACUCGUAAGGAGGUGUGCGGCGUUUUAUGGAGUCUUCAACGAAGAGAGGAUGGCGAUGAGAGCGAGGAACCUGCUACAAGAGUCUGCCUUUAGACAGUCUGAAGGAUAUCGCGAGGCAUCAAAAGGGAGGAUCCGCAAGAACGAGGACGUUGAGUGGUGGCUUAGAAAGGCCUUAGUUGUAGGGGAGGUGGAUAAGAAGACGCAGGAGUGCAGUGCGGUGUGCCGCUAUGUAUACAAGGAGCGCGAGAAGAGGUACAUAGCAGAGAAUGGAUUCGAGAGCGUGCCCUCUUUCGAAUGGUAUGAAGGUCAGCUGGUGGUAGCCGGUGGGCCAGGAGUGUCCUUUUUCGAUAACAGGUGGGAAGCAGGCCGAGGACAUCUUCUCCGCGUUAGCACCAGCAGACACCAGCACCCGAACUCUUUUCUGCUGAUUAAGAAUAAGAACUUUGAUAAGGCUGAGGCUGGAGAAGAGUUGGAUGUUCACAAUCUAGCCGUUAGACCAUGCGCGAGCUUUAGUGGACAUAGAUAUCUGCUGAUCUAUCGGUGCGUGGCAAGAAUCAUUGAUCACAUCAAUCAACGCCUACACGGAUACGAAACAACAACAGUCCGCGCGAUGAUACAGAGGAUCGACGACUUCAACCACAACUGCGACAACGAGGACGCUUCUGAAUUGAGUAAGACAUACAAAGAUGUUAAGAAUUUCUUUGGCAGUGUCCCAUGCACAGAUAUUAGGCGAGUACUGGAGGAAGCAAUAGAUGAACUCUGGCUACAAGGUUUCCGAUACGCUCUAGUGCCGAAGGAACGGACCGCGGCAGCAACUAACAGGAACUACAACGAGAUACACAACUACAAGGGGGUCCGUGGAACCGCUAGACCGUCUAAAAAUCGGAAGGGAGUAAGACUCGAGACCGUUGCACCCCGAGGGAGGUUGAAGAGAACGCACGAGGUCUUCACUUUGAUGGAGAUUUUGCCUAUUGUGGGCCACUCCUUCAGGUGGAACCUGUUCCAUAUGGGAAAGAAGGUUUGGAAGUCUAAGGUGCCACCCAUGGGCAAUCCUAUCUCCCCAAGUGGUUGUUGUUUAUGGGCAGCGGAUGCAGAAAAGCACUGGAGGAUGGGACUGACACCACGAGCAAGGGCUGAAGAGGGUAAGUCUUGGACUCGAGUUAGAGGCGUGGAUGACGUUUUUCUAGUUACUGGAAAGCGCUUCGAGCAGUGUCUAGACCAGGUAGAAAGGGAGGCUGUGAUGCGAUCUGUAGCUGAGGACUUUUACCCACAGGGUGUCAUUUUGGAACCAGGAAAGGAGGGCGAGCACUUUGGUAUGGAGGUACAGACAACGCUGUCAGGCAAGGUGGCACUCUCCCAGCGCAAGGCCGACGUUAGCAGAUUACAAAAUGGCGGAGCUUUUAACGCUAAACAGAAAUCUAAGGCGAUUGCGCAUUUUUGUCGAAUUUUAGACUUCUCCAACAGAGAGGGACGUGAGAUAAAUUUGGUCCAGAAGAUGCACCAGGCAGCACUAGACAUGCUGUCAAUGAACUACACGAAGAGAAUUAUUAGGGACUCAUGGCAGGAAGUUGCGUCGAAACUAAACUACAGGGAGCGUGCGAAUUUUGGUGACAGACUUCUUGCCCCGGAUUUCCUCUUUUAA